GAUUCUCUCAUAAAAAAUAUGUGCCCAUAAGUAGCGAAAGAACUCCUCUACACAUUAUCUUCCUAACUUGUUCACAUGUAAAUGCCAUCCUACAAGUUGGCCAAAAUGGACAAUGUCGGUCAUGGGCCUCACCUUUUUAAGUACUUCAUGACAAGAAACAAGAUACCCAAUAUAGCACCGUGCACUUUGUUUCUGUGCUCCUCAGAUAGCUAUUCGAUUCUUGGAAAUCCUUAGGCUACCCACCAUAGUAACAUAAAAUCCUACAUAAUUUCAUGGCUAGGAUUCUUUAUCUAAUCAAUUUGGUGGUUCUUUUCCUUGGCUUUAAUCUGCACAGAGCUCUCUCAUGGAGGAACCAAAGUUACAUGAAUGAUAUCGCUGAUCGAUGUGCCCCUUCACCCCAUCCUUUAAGUAUGUGCCAGUCACGAGCAGCAGCUUUUGGCUAUCCAUGUGAAGAAUACAAGGUCACAACAGAAGAUGGCUACAUUCUUAGUUUAAAGAGGAUUCCCCAUGGUCCUCAUGACUCUAACACCUCGACUGAGAUGAGGCCACCGGUACUGCUUUUCCAUGGACUUAUGGUGGAUGGUGCUACUUGGGUAAUGAGUACUCCAAAACAAUCACUUGGAUUUAUUUUGGCAGACAAUGGAUUUGAUGUUUGGAUUGCCAAUAGUCGUGGAACAAAUUCCAGCCGGAACCAUACCUCACUCUCCACAAAAGAUCCGGCUUACUGGGAAUGGUCGUGGGACGAACUUGCUUCCUACGAUCUUCCUGCAGUGCUGCAGUUUGCCUAUGAUCACACAGGCGAGAAAAUCCACUAUAUCGGUCACUCCCUGGGAACCUUGAUGAUUCUUGCAGCCUUCUCUGAGCACAAGUUACUAGAUGUAGUGCGAUCAGCUGUUUUGCUCUGCCCAAUAGCUUAUCUGAGCAGGACGAAAUCCAAACUCCUUAAGCUUGCUGCUCACAUCUUCCUUGCAGAAACAGUUCACUGGCUAGGCUUUUACGAGUUCAAUCCUGUUGGGCCAGUUGCACAUGAAGUUCUAAGCCAAAUAUGCGGCGAUCCUGAAAUUAAUUGCUAUGAUCUAUUUUCGGCUGUAGCAGGACCAGAUUGCUGCCUCAAUACUUCAACCUUUUGUGCCUUUCUAGAGCAUGCUCCACAGUCUACCUCCGUCAGAAACCUCGUUCACUUGUCGCAGCUGGUAAGAAAUGGAGGUGUCAGCAGGUUCGACUACGGCAACGCCAAGGAUAACAUGAAGCAUUACAACCAGCCACGCCCACCGCCGUACAACCUCUCCUCCAUUCCGAAUCAUGUCCCCAUCUUCCUCACCCAUGGUGGCGAGGACUACCUCGGCGAUGUCCCCGACACAAGGCACCUCCUGAGGACGCUGGUCAAGAAGCACAACAGCGACAGCAUCGAGGUGAUCUACGUGCCAGACUACGCGCAUGCCGACUUUAUCAUGGCCUACAAUGCUCCAGAACUCAUAUACGGACCGAUGGUCGACUUCUUUAAGCGUCACUGAAACCAGAUCCACCAGAUUUCACCAUUGGCUGUAUGCAUUGCCAAAGUAGCAGCUGUAUGACAAGUUUCAGCAUUGAAGAUUUCAGUCUCACUGAGCUUGCAUCCAUCAGUACAUCUUUGUCAUGUCAAAGUAUAUAUGUCAGUUCCACCAUGCUAGAUAACACGAAAAUAAAGGAUUUGAUAAAUUGUUACUCGAUCUCGUUGUAAUCACAAUGUUCUUGAUUCACUGGUCUCUUGCAAAAAAUGAAUAUGGCCAA